UUGCGGCGACGCCAGGGCAACACGACGCCACUGGAUCACGUGGUGUAACGGCCAGAGCCGAGAGGCGGGAAGGAGCCGCUGGGUUAACGCUUGUAAUCCCGGUUCCUGUUGAAAACAGCACUGCGGCUGAACCAUGGCAAUUCCUACAGCACCACCAAGCUAUGCUGAGGUGAUGGCGAGUAAGGAACAGCUGUUCUCAAGCCAGCAGUCUUACGCCAGGCAGCAGCCUUAUCCAGGCCAACAUUCAUACCCUAUGCAACAACCUUAUCCAGGACAGCAGUCUUACCCUAUGCAGCAGUCUUACCCAGGCCAGCAGGCAAUGCCCCAACCGCCAACAAUGCCUGUGCAUCCUAGCUGGACAUUUGUGCAGCCUAACCCUGGGAGUGGGUUCAGCAGUGGUUUUGGGCCUACCACAUUCAACCCAUACUCUGAUCCGAGCAGCACUGGGAGCAUGAAUGCAUUUGCUGCAGACACCUGGAGCAACCAGAAGAUACGGCAUGUCUAUAUCCAGAAGGUUUAUGCCAUCUUGAUGGCACAGUUGUUGGUGACUUUUGGGAUAGUGGCAGUCUUUACAUUCUAUGACCCCGUCAGAAUGUACGUGCGGAACAAUUAUGUUUUGUAUUACACCUCUUUUGCUGUCUUCAUCAUCACCUACCUCAUUCUUGUCUGCUGUUCCGGAAUCAGGAGACGCUAUCCCUGGAACUUGAUUCUUUUGGCAAUUUUUACUCUGGGCAUGUCAUACAUGGCAGGGAUGCUUACCACGUACCAUAACACAAAGAGUGUGAUGAUCUGCAUUGGGAUCACUGCCUUAGUCUGUCUUGCAGUCAGCAUCUUCUCCUUCCAGACAAGGUUUGACUUCACCUCCUGCCAAGGGCUGAUGUUUGGACUGUUGAUGGUAUUGUUUAUUACUGGAAUAGUAAUGGUCUUUACUGCUCCAUUUGGAUACCUUCCUUGGUUACAGACAUUUUAUGCUGGACUUGGAGCCCUCGUCUUCACCAUGUUCCUGGCUUAUGAUACACAGCUUCUCCUGGGGAACAAACGCUAUUCUCUAAGUCCUGAAGAAUAUGUAUUUGGAGCACUCUGCCUAUACACAGACAUCAUCUACAUCUUCAUGUUCCUCCUCCAGUUGUUUGGAAGUCGGGAUUGAGCAACUUCAGACUCCUCAAUGAUUUUAUAUCAUCAUUUAAGCUGUACUUUUUUUUGUUUUAUCUUGAGUGUUUUCAAGCAGCCACUAAGCCCUUCCCUGAAACCCCAUCCACCUGUGAGAUCAGUGAUCAUUUCCAUUGCUUUUAUUAAAUUCUCUGUUCUUGAAUGUGCAAUUAUGAAGAUUUUAGUCCCAAACCUUUUCACUCACUGUUCAGCUCCCUCCAGGGAAUAAGGUACUUUGUUCUCUCUCCGUGCAAUAUACAGAGCUUCCCUGAGCCGGGAAUGUCCCUAGGAAAGGAGCCAGUCCUGAAACAAACCUGUGUCAGAACACAGAGAAGCCUCUCUCUGACCUGAGCCUACAACCCUCACUCUGUUGUAACUUAAGCGUUAAAUGUCAAAAGCAUGUAACAGCCCAGUUCUGUUCCAUCCAUAGCGAUGCUGGUGGCUGAUUGGUAGACAGUCUGAUGUAUUAACCAAAGUGAGUAGCAUCAAAACUACACAUUCACUCAGUGAGGUUGUCCAAGGGUCAGCAUUUGUGGUGGGAUUUCUCCUUGCCCUCAUUAGCCAUGUUCUCUGUAGCUCCCCACAGACUAGAGAACAUGACCUUAGCAGAUCACUCCCCCUUAUAACUUUUUUUAUAACCUAAACUGGAUUUUGGUUUCAGUGUAUUUUGUGUUGUGUAAAGUAUGUCCCAGGCACAAUUGUCAGUUUGGAUAAAUUCUACCUGUGUUCUGCUUUAAACAGAACGUUUUGUAUUUUGGUUCUGGUUGGCAGGUUUAACAACCUUGUGAACGCACAUAACUCAGUAAAUAAGGCAGCAAAAUCUUAUUAAGUCCCUAAAUGAUUCUGCUGCAUGCUGUUACCUGUUCCCAAAUCAACAGUCAGUGCCUGUCCUUUCACCACCUUUUUUUUGACUGUUUCUCACAAAUACACCUAGGUAAUUCCCAUAUCCCUGUUAUGGAGCAGAGUUGGCAGCAGCCAAGUGCUGAUGUGUUGUGGCAUGUUUCAAUGUUAGUCUUACUCAGUCUGCCACCUCCAACCCCACUGCAUCAUCCACUACUCCCUGUGUAGCCUGCAGCACUGGCAAUUCUGAUGUGCUUUCUAUUGCUGAUGUGGGUGGUACUUUGUCCUUUGUCUGGUCAUCCCAAUGUGUGAAGUCAGCAGCUCUCAGCACACCAGUGAUUGCAGGCUGUAAUACAAGCAGGUUCUCUCCAUGUUCUGCCUAGACCAAGGCAGCCUCUGUCCUUGAAACUUUCUUUCAGUGAAAAGUAGAAGUGAACAAAAACAGGUGAAUGGCCUUUCAAAAACAAGAAUAGACUUUCAGGCAGUGUAUUAAUGUGAAAUUUGUGAUAGUAUUUUUUAAAAUAUUUGCAAUCUUUGUGCUCUUUUAAUUAAAUAUUGUUACUGCCUUUUCAAUUUGUCUGGAAGCUGUUUCCUUUCAGUAACUACAAUGAUAAUAAUAUUUCUGUACCAGCUCUUUGAAAGAGAUAUCCAAUUAACCAUAGCUUCUCCCUGUUCUUCUUCCAGAACCUUUCAAACAUUCCCAUUCAAAUA